UUCGCGCUGAAAAUUCAGUUCGUGUUGAAAAUUCUGCCGCGUCGGUCGUGCCAAUUCGCACGAGCGGAGAAAACUGGCCAGAACUAACGGUUCUUGCCGACGGCACAUAACGGUAGCUAACAGUGUUGCGUGGGUCGCAAACAAACUAUUAAUUUCACAAAACCCGGCCUAGUCACGCCCAAUCGAAAAGAUCAACAAACCACCAAGCACUGAAAACUAAGCACUCAAAACUUAGCACUGAAAACUGAGUAGUGAAUAUCGAAAACCGAAUGCUGAGUAUGGAGAUUUUAGGCAAAAUGCGUGCAAUUAUUCAACGCAUGACAACCAAUUAAUUGGCCAAAGAGAGCGAGAGCACACGAGACCCGCGGCAACAAGUCGAUAUAGCUAUAGCUUUUGAAAAUAUAUAGCUAUCUGGUGAGCCGGUUAACGCCAGCAAGUGCAUCGGAAAACCAGCAACAAACAAAAACUUGACCGAUUUUCCAAGCGAUUCGGUGACGGCCUCUCGCUAAUCUCGCCCAGAAAACUCAGAUCACAAACGCCAUCGACAUCGCGAUGAUUUAUGCAGCUAUUUCCUGCAGCUUAUGUGCAAUAUCCUGCGGGACUCGCAAAUAACUACCAUCAAAAUGUUGCUAUCGCACUUGUUUGGCAUGUAAACCGCGGGUUGUGUAAACAAUAGUGUAAGCAGCGACAAAGCACUCCACGAUUCGACUAUUAGGGGCACAUACACUGACACUGUCACCCCGGAACGCAGUUGUUCUGCAUGGAGACAACCUGCGGGUGCCGGGGCCCACGAGACGCACAGGAAUCCACCAAAGCGACCGCAUCGGCAUCGGCAAAGGGCUCGCUUUUGGUCCAAAACACGGCCAUCAUCAGCGGCAGUGGCCACCGGUUGCCAGGAACAACCGCAGCUUCAACAUCGCCAGCCACAUCAACAACAUGGCCAUAAAGCAACAGCUCUGUAAUUCAUGGUUGCAACUACCCAACGAACUGCUGAUAUUGGUGGUGAACUCAGAUACACACCCAUCUCAAAAGUACCGCCAUGAAUGAAACAGAGUGCGAGGAUCUCAUUAAAUCUGUGAAAUGGACGGAACCAGCCAAUCUGAUCUCCCUGGCCGUACUCGAGUUCAUCAACGUUCUGGUCAUCGGUGGCAACUGCCUCGUGAUUGCCGCCGUCUUCUGUUCGAAUAAGUUGCGGAGUGUGACGAACUUCUUCAUUGUCAACCUGGCUGUAGCCGACCUUCUGGUGGGUUUGGCCGUCCUACCCUUCUCAGCCACUUGGGAGGUCUUCAAGGUUUGGAUAUUCGGCGAUCUCUGGUGCCGCAUUUGGCUGGCUGUCGAUGUCUGGAUGUGCACGGCAUCGAUCCUGAAUCUGUGUGCCAUAUCACUGGACCGCUAUGUGGCGGUCACGCGACCCGUCACCUACCCAAGCAUAAUGUCCACCAAGAAGGCCAAGUCCUUAAUCGCCGGCAUUUGGGUACUCUCAUUUUUUAUUUGCUUUCCGCCGCUAGUCGGCUGGAAGGAUCAAAAGGCGGUUAUACAGCCGACCUAUCCAAAGGGAAACCAUACGCUUUACUACACCACCACGAUGUCAAGCUCGGAGGAUGGUCAACUAGGGUUAGAUAGCAUUAAGGACCAGGGCGAGGCCUCCUUGCCUCCAUCCCCGCCGCAUAUCGGCAACGGCAACGCCUACAAUCCCUACGAUCCCGAUUUCGCCCCCAUCGAUGGAUCCGCGGAGAUUCGGAUUGCGGCCAUUGACUCGACCAGUACUUCAACAACCGCAACCAGCACGACGACAGCGACCAGCUCGAGUACCACGGAAACGGAAAUGGACCUCGAUCUGCUGAACGCACCGCCGCAGAACAGACCCCAGACCAUUUCCGGCAGCUGUCCGUGGAAGUGCGAGCUGACCAACGAUCGGGGUUACGUCCUGUACUCCGCCCUGGGCUCCUUCUACAUACCCAUGUUCGUGAUGCUCUUCUUCUACUGGCGCAUCUACCGGGCUGCCGUGAGAACCACGAGGGCCAUUAACCAGGGCUUCAAGACCACCAAGGGUUCCAAGGGCAUCGGUUCGCGCUUCGAGGAGCAACGCCUCACAUUGCGCAUCCAUCGAGGACGAGGAUCCAACCAGCAGGACUCUAUGCACAGCAACGGGAGCACCCAGAGCACCACCACCACACUAGGCACCCCCUCCCCGGAGAGAUUGUCCAAGUACGCCACCAGGCGACUGCACCACCACGACAAGAUCAAGAUCUCGGUGUCCUACCCCUCCAGCGAAAACAUCAGCGAGCUUGCCGGACACGGGGAGGUGGGUCACGAGCGGCGGCAAUCGGGGAACGCACUGUUCGCCGUCCACUACAACGGCACCAAUGGGCGGGAGUCCACGGAAUCGCAGCUCUACCGACAGCAGCAGCAGCACGGCGUGGCCAGCUCAUGCUACCUGCAGGUGGGCAAGGGUCUGCCGGAGUUGGGCAGGCGGCAGAGCAAUACCAGCGAGGCUGGAGGAUCGGGACACUCGCGUCCGGCCAACAAGAAGAUGGGCAGGCGCAACAUCAAGGCGCAGGUGAAGCGCUUCCGCAUGGAGACCAAGGCGGCCAAAACACUGGCCAUCAUCGUGGGCAUGUUCAUCUUCUGCUGGUGCCCCUUCUUCACCAUGUACAUCAUCCGGCCGUUCUGCCAGGACUGCGUCGAUCCGCUCCUCUUUUCGGUGCUCUUUUGGCUUGGCUACUGCAACUCCGCCGUGAACCCCAUGAUCUACGCCCUGUUCUCAAAGGACUUCCGUUUCGCCUUCAAGCGGAUUAUCUGCAGGUGCUUCUGCUCCCGCCAGUCCGUCUCCCUGAAGAGCUCCCGCCGCGGAUCUGACAUGUCGGCCAUUCGGAUUCGAGCCCGAACGCCCAGCAUAACGCCCAGUGCUGCGGCCCACAGUUUCGGAGACGAGAGUGAGCUGCACCAUUCCGAGAUGAGCAACGACCCCAGGUGACGAUCGUUUGGGCCCAGCUCGAGCUCGCAAAGCAGCUUGGGCGGGUUACGCAAGACGAGCCUCAAGGUGCCCGUCUACGAAAUUUGCCAUCCGCUGGUCAUGGAGACGGCCUGCUACUCGUAUGUGGAGGCCACCAGCGAUGGAUCCGCCUCCUGCUCCGUUGGCGGUGGCAAUGGAGUUGGAGGCGGAGGUGGCGCACCGAAGCGAACGCAGUUGUAGCCGCGGGAGUUAAUGGCGCUGCGUGGAACGGGAACGGGGGUGAUCCCCUUGCCCGGAGGCCAGCGACCAAGGCGCGUGGUUCGCAUCGAGUAUAGCGAUGCAAGGGUCUAGGAUUUGCCAGCUGAGAUGGCUAGACUGAGGAAGCAAUAGAAGGUAAAGACUGCUUUUUCCGAAACUAGUUUCGUGUUCAAAAUAAUUCAUAAUUUAGAUGCAAACUGUAAAAAUGUAAAAUUUAAAUGUAAUAAUUUAUUUGGCCUGGAUAUAAUGCAAAAAUUCAUUUUAAAAAAGAUUUAAAGUACAUCAUGCAAAUAUGACCAAGAAAUUUAAAAAAAUAUCUACCGAAAUCAAAUUUCUCUGCAAGCAUUUAAUUUAAAUUUUCAAAGCGUCAUUUUCCUCAGUGCAGAACUCAGGCAGCUUAACCGACAGCUGAGACAAUCCUUUGACAUGAAAGGAGGCCGUAAGGAUAGAAAGCAACCGCUCCUCCUGCGGAUUUGGCCUAGCUUUGAGCAAGAGCCUCCGUAAGCCAACCAUUGUAUAUUGUACAUAGAGAGCAGGUGAAGUGUGCAUCGACUUAUAUUCCUAGCCUAGGAUGGCCAAGUGGCGGUUUGAUGUGUGUAUAUAUAGUCUAGCUAGGAUAUCACUGGCGUUUGAGAGUUGUACCUUUUAACUUCCGCAUGAAUAUUGAUAUCUGGUUGUUACCACUAAGCAGAAACCAAAUGUUGCUAAGCGCAAAUAAAAAACAUUACCCAGUGCUAAACUAGUAAAGUGUUAAUGUUGUGCUCUUGGCCCGAGGAGAUUAUUCCGAGAUAUAUCUGUGUCCUGAAUACAUGUUAAAUGCAAUAUGCAAUAAACGAACCCUUUGCCUAACAACCCAAUGUAUGCAUAUAUACUAUAACAAUAUACGUUCCUCCAGUUAAACGUUAUGUGUGCUACAAAUAAAGGAAGUUUUAUUUAUUCGGCAACCUUAA